GCUGAACAUGACCACCCGACUUCGGCACAGGCCUCAGCUAGAGGACGAAGAUGCUUCUGCACUCAAGCUCGGAGCAGAGUUCAACAAUGCUGGUUGCUUGCUGAUCUCUGAAGUCAAGUAUCUACUGGAAAAUAGGGACAAGGAUGCGCCAGACACUGCUGUGUACAACAAGACCCUCGAGUACGUGAAGACGUUUGCUAAAUUCAACACCACCGAUUCCGCCAGCGCGGUGCGAGAAACUCUUCGACGUGAACCCGCUCUGACGCAAUUCGAAACCGCUCAAAUCGCCAAUUUGUGCCCCGUCGAUGCUGAGGAGGCAAAGAGCGUCAUCCCAAGUUUGGUUAAGAUCGAGGAUGACAGAUUGCAAGCAUUACUCGACGAGAUACAGUUGAUGAGGAAGUUCCAGUCCUGAAUGAUGUCGGUCGUUAUCAUGCCGCUUGACGUCCGUCACUGGUCCGCCGCUUUCUUGGCCUAUUGUCGUCAACUUGCUCCGGUACUUUGACACCCUCAGUACAUGCAUGUCGCGCUUCUGUUUGUGGUGUUCACCUCAUGGCGACUGAGUAGAGCCUAUCACUACUAUCCUUAGUGCGUCGUCCAGGUACUAGUUCUACGGGAUCAUAGCAAAAUAUAUGCAAGUCUUGCUUUACUAUGUGCACAGUGGAUUUGGUUCAAGCGCCUCUAAUGGACCUCGCACGAUUUAGAAGGCACGCGUUCACCAAAGGUACCAAGCACGGCUCCUCAACGGGGAGUUCGGCUGUUAUUGAUGACGAGCAAUACAACCUAACAUUAAAA